CAUUGUGGGAAACUCGUAAACAUUAUUGUUGUGUCUCGACUUCUUGACCACAUGAACAGCGAAUGACCGUCGUAAACAACGCAGAAAUGUGGCAGUUUAGGUUCUUGUUGCUAUGUCUCCUGUUUCUUUUACUCGGACUCAUUCUUCUAUACAGAAAAUCGCGAAGUUUUCGUUUCCGUAUAAAGUAUAUUGGCUACAACUUUGUGAUCAUGUUAUCCGCCAUUCAUUGGACCUUUGUUGGUUUGUGCCAUCCAUUUGAUGUAGACAACUUUCAUCGUUGCUCCGGCAUCUUGUACAAUUUCCUCGUCAGAGCCUACUCGAUACGCGCUCAAGUUGAAGGACUUGAGAUCUUUGAUACUCUCAAAGAGAAGAAUUUCAUUAUUGUAGCCAACCAUCAAAGUUCGCUUGACGUUUUUGUGUUGCUUCAGACGACACCCCGUAGAACCACGUUCUUAGCGAAAAAGGAACUACUGUAUGCACCUCUGUUUGGAUUUGCGGCCUGGCUUUUUGGAGUCGUAUUUGUUGAUAGAUCUAACGCCAAGAGUGCGAGAAACGUCAUGGAUAAAACAGCAAAAACGAUGCGUGAUAAAAAGAUUAAUCUUUGGAUCUUUCCAGAGGGCACAAGAAGCCAGAGUGGUACAUUUCUCCCAUUUAAGAAAGGUGCCUUCCAUCUUGCCAUUCAGGCACAGCUUCCUAUUGUUCCUAUUGUAAUCUAUGACUACUCUUCAAUUUUCAACAAGAAAAACAAAGCAUUUGAACAUGGAAUCAUUAAAAUUAAAGUGCUGGAUCCCAUUUCAACUGAUGGCCUUGCAGCCGAUGAUGUUGGGGAGUUAACAGAUCAUGUUCGACAAGAGAUGCUGAAAGUUUUCCAUGAAAAGGACUCUUCAGGAAGCCACCAGAAUUCAGUACCAGCAGGAGAGAAAAAGAAUGAGUGACACUAACAUUUACAUGAAAUUAAAGCAAGUUGAGCUUAAAUUCAAUUCUAUGUGGAGUUUUAAGUGUGUUUUAAAAAUGAAUAUGAUCAGAAAUGAAAUUAUUUUACUAAAGAGAUGGAUUGUACAUUGAAUUUAUAGUUUCCAGUCCCAUUACAAUUUUUGGUGCUACGUAAUCUAUUGGGCUAAAAUAGCCAAUGAUGCUUGUGGACCUUCUUUCGCUUGCAA